GCCCCCCCGCGGCCUUCCCCGGUACGGAGGGGCGAGAGGGCCCGGGGCGGGGGAGGAGGGGCGGCCAGGCCGGGCCGGGGCCUCGGUUCGAGGCGAUGGUGGAGCCCCCCAACUUCUCGUGGGUGGCAGAGGGGCGGCUGGCGGGGCUGGGCAUGCCACGGGAGCCGGGUCACUACCGCUUCCUGCUGGGCCGGGGCGUGAAGCACCUGGUGUCACUGUCUGAGAGGCCCCCCCCGCACCACGGCUGCUGCCCCGCCGUGCAGCUCCACCGCUUCCGUGUGCCCGACUUCACCCCACCAACAGCCCGACAGAUCCAGAGCUUCCUGCAGCUGGUGGAGGAGGCCAACGGCCGCGGGGAGGCGGUGGCUGUGCACUGCAUGCUGGGGCACGGCCGGACGGGCACCAUGCUGGCCUGCUACCUGGUGAAGACACAGAAGAUGAGCGGCAGCGACGCCAUCCGGGAGAUCCGCAGGCUGCGGCCGGGCUCCAUCGAGACACGGGAGCAGGAGCAAGCCGUCAUGGAGUUCCACCGGCGCUUCAGUGCUGGAGAGGACAGCAGGGAGGCGUGAGCGUGAGCUUCUGUGAGCAGUGCGUGCUGGAUGGAGGGCCACCAGAGACCCCCACCUCCGCCAUGUCCCACCAUUGCUCCGUGUUGACGCGCUGCCAUCCCCAAGCCACGCUCCUCAGCCUUCAUCCCAACAGCUUGGAACCCAACAUGGGCACCCCAAAAUUGGGGAUCCCAUGUCACGAGGCUCUGAGUGUCAGCCUGCCAUCCCCAGAGCUGGUCACCCGCCAGCGCGGUGACGCAUCACGGAGGGUGACAGCAGCGUCAGCCCCCCAGGGCCGUCCCGGGACGUGGAUGCUUAAAGGGAAGCUUAGAUGGAAUUUAGGCAUCUCCGUUCCAAAGGUCCAAUCCUGAAAAUCUCUUCUCAGCUGUUCCUAACCUUGGUGGCAUUUAAAUCCUAAGUGCCAGAAGCGUCACCGUCCCCAUUCCUGGGUGUGUGGCACAGCGCCGGGGCACACGGUGCUCACCGGGUGCCAGCUCAGCACCCACAACGUGGGCUGGAGGGCCCUCACCUCCACCCAAACACCUCCACGUCUCCAAACGUGAUGGUGAAACCCCAAAAUGCCAUCAUCUUCCACCAGACACGCCCCACCAUGGCGGUGGCACACAGUGGCUGGGCUCAGAGCCGGCCGGGAUGGGAGGAGGUGGCCGUGGGGAUGAGGACACCCCAUAGUGGUGAGCAGCAGCACUUGGUGGGGUCAUAACCCCUACUUGGGGGACUUGGAGACGUGGUGGGCCCCAUGGGUGCCACCACAGCUCUAUGGAAACCAUGACACCACGUGGGGACAUGGGGACAUCGGGGGAUUCUCGUGUGCCAGCACCCAAAACAGGACAUGGGUGGCCGAUGUGGGGGGAGAUGCCCCACGUGGAGGAUGUGGGGACGUGGAAGGGGUCGGGGACAGUGCGGAACGGUCCUAAGCCCGUGGAGUCGCAGCACUCACAUGGGGCUGGGAGAUGCAGGAAAGCAGCUUAACAGCAGAAUUAUUUCCUUUAA